GCGAGAUUUUCUACUACAAGAGUGGGGCGGUCUGGUGUUCAGAUGACUUGAACUUGGUAUGCUGUUUGUAUGCUUAGAGGAUCUGUUGAAUCCAUUAAUCCAUUUAGGCGCUAUAAAUGGAAUUCUUGUGAGGGGAAAAAGUAUGGAAAAGUCGGACGCAUGCGAUCCAUACAGUCGACCCGCGCGCAGGACACAAUGGAUAGUGAGCACUCUGGCGUAUCAUUACGGACUAGACCGUGGAGUGGAAAACGAAAUUAUAGUCCUCGCAACCGGGCUGGAUCAAUACCUCCAAGAGAUAUUUCAUCACCUAGACUGUCAGGGAGAUGGAAAAAUCCCAGCCGAGGAUUUUAACAUUCUUUGCGAGAUUUUAGGACUCAGUAAAGAGAGUGAUCUGGAGGAGUGCGCGGGGAUAUUGGAUAAUCUACCCAAAGAGUUCAGCUUCAGGCAGUUUCACGCUAAACUCUGCUGUUAUUUCAGUACCAAAGCUGGAUGCCAGUAUGAGAAUGGGAGGCUGUUGGUUGGCAAGGAGAGCGAGCAUAUAGAGACGCAGAUCAGACUCAGGAGCCCCUUGAGGCGGCGCAAGAAGCUGCUGUCUUUGGGUACCAGCGCUAAGCGAGAAAGCGGAGAGCCUUCCUCUCCCACUGUGGAUAGACACGCGUCGGGUUGUAGGCAGCUGGGCUCCUGCACCAGGGAGUGCUACGAGGAAAUCGUGGCCCUCGAGGAGGCUGAGGACAGGAUAGCCAAACUUGAGGAAGAAAAUGCAAGUCUCAGGGAGUUGGUGGAGGACAUGCGCGCGGCCCUUCAGAGCAGUGAUGCUCGCUCGCUGGCCUUACAGGUGGGUCUGUGGAAAAGCCACUCGAAACAUAAACCAGAGGGUGGCUGUUUCAUCGCCCAUCAAAGGCGAGCAGCUCAGAAACCCAACAUUUCUGGAAACCUGAAGGACAUCCAGAGUUUCCUGAGAGAAGUGGAGUACAUCCGGAGUUCCCGUGAUGGGCAGAUCGAGGAGGCCAUGCUCUUCAACCAGAAGCUGGAGCAGGAGCUGCGAGUUUCACGUGAGACCGUGCUGUUGCUGGAGGAAUGUAACAGGACUCUAAAGAAGGAGCAGGUAGAGAUGAGAAAAAGAGUGGAGGAAGCCAGACAAGCUGUGCUCAGUGGCCUCAAGAAAGUGAAGGAGCUGGAAACCAAAGCCAGUCAUGUGCCUGUUCUGCAGAGGCACAUUGAGCAGCUAGAGAUGGAGCUUCUGUUCUACAGAUCUGAAGUGUCUAAAACAUCGGUUCCAUUCAUCAACAAACCAGACAGACGGUAUAAUAGGGCCGGUCAGACUGCGCCACGCUGUUGCCUGGACACAGAGCAGGAUCGACGCUCUCCGACGGGACGUGCAGAGACUGUGCCUGACACUAUGGAGGAGCAGCUUUUCCGUUCAGUGGAGGGUCAGGCAGCGUCUGAUGAAGAGGAAGAAAGAUGGACCGGAGAGCAGCAGAGACAAGUGGAUGAGGUGAAGCGAAUCCUCACCAGACUGUCCUGCUGUGGAGACAGAUGUGAUGAGAAAGCAGUGAAGAAGCUGCUGUCUCAUUUCGGUGACUCGCGCACAGAGGAGAGUCAGACGGCUGUGCUAGAGCUGCUGGAGAGGGUCAUACGACUCAACAAACAACUAGAACUGAAGGAGAGUCAGGCCAAGAGGGCAGAAAUGGACACUGACCAGAUGAGGGACGCCCUGGUCCAGGAACUACAGCAGAAGGCAGAGGAGACAGAGCUGCUCCACCUGGAGCUGCAGAUGUUGGAGACGGAGCGGGUGCGUUUGUCUCUGGUGGAGGAGAAACUGAUGGAUGUGCUACAGCUUCUGCAGCAGCUGCGAGAGCUGAAAGUCUCAAGAAGAUCUUUAGGAAAGAUUUUGCUCAGCACAUUGGAGUCCUGCAGUGAUCCUCAGCAUGGGAAAGCACAUAUCUUGGAGGUGCUCAAUGCUCUUUGUCAUGAACUGGCUGCGUGUGAGAUCCUCUCUAAUGGCGAGAAGAUAGAGAGAGCACAUCACCAGUCUCUCACCAACUCACUGCUCAUCUCCUGCUAGACAUUACUGCCACCUGAUGGCCACAAGAUGCUACAGCCUCUUACAGAAACUACCAACUAGCCAUGUUGGAAAAUGGGACCAAAAUUAGCCAUGUAUUUGUCUUUGUGUUUAUAUUUCUAUGUAUAUUUGUGUAAAUCAUUUAGCUCAUUAUCAUUUAUAAGGAAACAUGAUCUGAUUCCUUUCAAA